GGAGCAACGGAAAAAAAAAAGAGGCUGGGGAUCGGCUCGAGGCCGGAGCGCCGCGACACCACAGACCGCGUGAGGCCGGGGGGUGCCGUGACACCGACAUCCGUACGAGGCCGGGGCGCCGCCACUUUGCGGAUCGCGCGCGGCCGGGGCGCCGCGACACGGAACCGCCAGUAACCGUCGAUCGAGGCCGGGACGCCAUCGCACUGAGUCCCCCGUUUGGCAGCGCCAUGAACCCGGCGGUGGAGUUCAUCCCCCCGCCCGAGUGCCCAGUCUUCGAACCCACUCCGGAGGAGUUCGCCGACCCCUUUAGAUUUAUCAGCAAGAUCCGGCCCAUCGCCGAGAAAACCGGUAUCUGUAAAGUCCGUCCACCACAGAAUUGGCAGCCGCCCUUUGCUUGUGAUGUUGACAAACUGCACUUCACUCCACGAAUUCAGAGACUGAACGAACUAGAGGCUCAGACCAGAGUAAAGCUCAAUUUUCUCGACCAGAUAGCAAAAUUCUGGGAGUUGCAGGGCUCAACGUUAAAAAUUCCACAUGUAGAAAGGAAGAUCUUGGACUUGUUUUUACUCAAUAAGCUUGUUGCAGAAGAAGGUGGAUUUGAAAUCGUUUGUAAGGAACGGCGAUGGUCUAAGAUAGCGCACAAGAUGGCAUAUCCACCUGGAAAAGCAUUGGGCUCACUUCUUCGAUCUCACUAUGAGCGUAUCCUGUAUCCAUAUAAUCUUUUUCAGUCUGGAGCCAGUCUUUUGUGUGUCCAGAAGCCAAGCCUGAUCAAUGAUGAGAAAGACCAAGAGUACAAGCCACAUGAUAUUGUUCAGCGACAGUCUGUGCACUCUUCAGAAAUGAGCAUGCCGGCCCGACGAGCGAAACGCAUGAGAUCUGAGGUGGGGUGCGUAAAGACCGAGGCAAGUGAGAUUAUGGAGGUUCAUGCCCAUGAUUUACGACCAAAAACCAGGAGUGGAUCGAUGAAAUGUGAAAGUGAAAAGUACAAUAUGCAUGGAAUGAAGAAAGAGGGAAGUGAGAAUCGUGCCACUGAUUCCGAGCGAGCCAGACCAAUCAGAAACAACAGGAAUAUGACAACCUCAAAUAUUGUGGAUCUGUAUGUUUGCCUGAUCUGUGGACAAGGUAAUGAAGAGGAUCGACUUCUGCUGUGUGACGGCUGUGAUGACAGUUACCACACCUUCUGUUUAAUUCCACCCCUACAAGAUGUUCCUAAAGGUGAUUGGAGGUGUCCAAAGUGUCUGGCUCAGGAGUGUAGCAAGCCUCAAGAAGCUUUUGGUUUUGAACAAGCCCCUAGGGACUACACACUCCGUGCAUUUGGAGAAAUGGCAGAUGCCUUUAAAUCAGACUACUUCAAUAUGCCAGUUCAUAUGGUUCCAACUGAACUGGUGGAAAAAGAGUUUUGGCGUUUGGUUAGUACCAUUGAAGAAGAUGUUACUGUGGAAUAUGGAGCUGACAUUGCUUCAAAAGAAUUUGGUAGUGGCUUCCCCAUCAAGAAUGGCAAAAUUAAACUGCGACCUGACGAACAGGAGUACUUUGAUUCAGGAUGGAAUUUAAACAAUAUGCCUGUUUUAGAACCAUCAGUUCUGACACAUGUUAGCGCAGAUAUCUGUGGAAUGAAAUUACCAUGGCUCUAUGUUGGGAUGUGCUUCUCCUCCUUCUGCUGGCACAUUGAAGAUCACUGGAGCUACUCCAUAAAUUAUCUGCAUUGGGGAGAGCCUAAGACAUGGUAUGGAGCACCAGCAUACGUGGCAGAACAGCUGGAGAGUGUUAUGAAGAGAUUGGCGCCAGAGCUGUUUGAAUCCCAGCCUGACCUUCUGCAUCAGCUGGUCACCAUCAUGAACCCUAACACUCUGAUGGCUCACGGAGUGCCAGUUUAUAGAACUAAUCAGUGUGCAGGGGAGUUUGUCAUCACAUUCCCCAGAGCCUAUCACAGUGGUUUUAACCAGGGCUUCAACUUUGCCGAAGCUGUGAAUUUCUGCACAAUGGACUGGCUACCAAUGGGUCGACAGUGUGUGGAACAUUAUCGUCUCCUGAAUCGUUACUGUGUUUUCUCUCAUGAUGAAAUGAUUUGUAAGAUGGCAUCCAAGUCUAAGGAUUUGGAUGUUGUUUUAGCAUCUGCUGUCUAUAAGGAUAUGGUCAUUAUGAUAGAGGAAGAGAAGAAAUUGCGGGAAGCUGUUCGUAAAAUGGGAGUAAUUGAAUCGGUGCGAGAGAACUUCGAAUUAUUACCUGAUGAUGAGCGACAGUGUGCAAAAUGCAAGACUACUUGUUUCUUGUCUGCAAUCUCGUGCAUUUGUAAAUCCAACCAACUGGUUUGUCUGUACCAUGCUAAAGAGCUUUGUUUAUGUCCACCCCACAGAUGUCAUCUCAGGUAUCGCUAUGCUUUGGAUGAUCUCUAUCCAAUUCUAAGUGCAUUAAAAUUGCAUGUAGCAACAUAUGAUGAAUGGUCUUCUAAAGUGACUGAUGCCCUGGAAGCAAAAGAUAAUGAAAAGAAGAGCCUCUCUGAUUUGAAAACAAUGGUAGAGGAAGCAGAGAAGAAAAAGUUCCCAGAAAAUGAUUUGUUGAAACAGCUGAAGGAAGCAAUUUUAGAGGCAGAAAAGUGUGCCUCUGUUGCCCAGCAACUACUAAAUAAUAAAAGACAAACCAGAUAUCGUUCUGGUGGUGGGAAGUCCCAAAACCGACUGACUGUUGCAGAGCUUCAAGCAUUUGUCAAACAACUCUAUGCUCUACCUUGCAUCAUUGACCAGGCACCCUUACUGAAGGACCUUUCAAAUUCCGUAGAAGAUUUUCAGCAGCGCUCUGAGAAGGCUGUCUCUGAUGAAAGACCCGAUACUUCUGAACUACAGCAACUGAUGGAUCUCAGUUUUGGAUUUGACAUAGAAUUGCCACAGCUUCAGCAUCUUCGAGAACAUUUAGAACAAGCAAAGUGGCUAGAUGAAGUGCAGCUGGCUUAUGCUACAUCUGAUUCAUUCAGUUUGGAUGAAAUGAGGCAACUGAUUGAUUCUGGUGUAGGUUUGAUGCCUCAUCAAGCUGUAGAGAAGGCCAUGGCUCAGCUGCAGGAACUCCUGACGGUCUCUGAACAGUUGGAGGAGAAAGCUCACAAUUUGCUGAAGACCAGACCUCCACACUCUUUGACAACCCUAUCGGCUGCCUUGGAAGAAGGGGAAGCUAUACCUGCAUAUUUGCCUCAUGUCUAUGCUUUGAAGGAAGCUAUGGAGAAGGCUCAAAUCUGGCUUCAAGAAGUGGACGUUUUUCAGAAUUCUGAUGAGCACCCUCCAGUGGAAACAUUGGUGGAACUUGUCACCCGUGGCCGUACAAUCCCAGUACGUUUGGAUCCACUUCCUCAACUUGAGUCACUUCUUGCAGAUGUUGAGACCUGGAGAGAUUCUGCAGCUAAAACCUUUCUAAGAAAGAACUCCACCUGUUCCCUUUAUGAGGUGCUGUGUCCCAGGUCAGACAUUUGUGCAACUGGAUUGAAAAACAAAACUAAGAAAUCGAAAGAUACUUUACAGAAUGGAAAACGAAAAGUUACAAAACUGCAAAGUGUGGCAUCAUUCAAUGAAGCCAGACUGAAGGAAAUGGAAUCAUUUCGCUCCAUCCAAACAGCAAAUUCCAUGAAAUUUCUCUCUGAUAUGGACUGUAUGGUCUGUGUUUGUCAAAAGGCUGCAACUGGCUCCAUGUUGCAGUGUGAGCUUUGCAAAGACUGGUUCCAUUGCAGCUGUGUCUUAAUGGUGAAUGCACACCAUGGGGAGUUACCCUGGCUCUGCCCACUUUGUCUGCGAUCAGAAAAACCAUCAUUUGAGCAAAUCCUCCCGUUACUCACGACAGUACAAAAGAUUCCUGUCAGACUGCCAGAAGGUGAAGCACUAAGUUAUGUUUUUGAACGAGCUAUGAACUGGCAACAUCGGACAAAGCAGCUUCUUAGCAGAGAUGAACUGCGCUUGGCCCAAAUAACAUCACAAGUAGCAAUCCAGGCAUGGCGGGGAAUGACAAAACAAAUGGCUGCCACUGAACUAGAGAAAAGAGUGGCUGAUGGUAACUUGCAGGUGAAUUCUGGCAAUGAGAAUGAACUUAUUACUGCAGUUUGUAAUACUAAUCCAUUUGAAAAGGAGAAGAUUGUAGGAAUCAGACCUCCAUGGCAGACGUGCAUUCCAGCUCAAGGGUUAUGCCUAUCAGAUGAUGUGAGGUCCCAACUUGAUGAGCUGAUGAUGGAGGCACUUUUACUGCAAGUGUCACUGCCCGAGAUGCAGCAAAUUUACCAGAUCUUCUGUGCAGCCCAGUACUCUGUAGUGGAAGAUCACCAGCCCCGAUCUGAACUGCUGAACUGCAAACCAGUGGAGGUCAUGCAGUGUCUUGCAGAGACCUGUACUUCUACAACUGAGGGUGAAGAUUGCUGUUUAAAGCCAGUGAAGAGAGAAGGAAACUGUGAGAAAAAGAAGAGACGGCUUGAAAAAGAUGGUUCAGUGGGUGAAAAAAGAGAAAAAUUGAAAAAACUAAACAAUCCGAAAAAGAGAAAUGUCAAAUUAAACCAGGAACGAACAAAAAAUCUAAGUUUGGUGAGAAUAGAAGCAGAAACGUAUUUGGAAUUUCUACAGCCUCAUGAGGCACUGUCAGUGAUAAUGGAGCCUCCAUAUUCUGAGCCAGAGGACUCUGAGGAUGAAGAUGCAAUCUGCCCGGCAGAAAGCUGCCAGCAGCCAGAGGGGGAUGAGGUUGACUGGGUCCAGUGUGAUGGCAGCUGCAACCAGUGGUUCCACCAGAUCUGUGUAGGUGUGUCCUCAGAAACAGCAGAAAAGGAGGACUAUAUCUGCAUCAACUGUACUGUAAAAGACCAGAACAACAGGAAACAGAAUGGCCAGGGCUAGUGUUUGGCAGCGUGCUAAUGAAUCACAUACUCCACAAGAAGCAGUGGAUUUGGUAUCUCUACAACCCACAAAUGGUGCUAUAUCUCUACUCAUGGGAUCAUCUACAAGGACACUCAAAAUUUUCCACCUUUGUAUUUUCUCAUUCUUGUAAGAACUUUUUGUCUGUGGUUGUGAAAGUAUACGAUGCUGGCUACACCCAGGGUUUUCUACCCGUUGUGGGGGCAAUUGGCUCUGGUUGAACAAUGCCAUACCCCUAUAUCUCGUCUGAGACUUGCCUGCAUAGAUACCCAAUCCUGUUGGGUGUUAAAGAUAUGCAAACACCAAAAAAAAUUUUUUUUAUGGGGUCCUCUGUUCAGUACAAUAUCUUAAUCUUAGAGAGAUUCUGACUUGUGUUUUGUAGGUUAGUUUUAUUUAUCUCAGCAAUAACAGGUUUGUGAGUUAAAGGGCCAGAUACAAUUUCUCAAGUUUGGCUGUUGUACAGAAUGCAGGAAUUUAGGCUCCUAGUGGCACAGGAAAAUUGGAUAAUCUGUAAUCAUACUGCCUACGCUGUACUUUGGCUUUUUUGGUAGCUUGUAUCUAAUGUUGCAGUCUCCUUUGUGAAAUAAACCUUUGUUUAUGAA